AUGGCCGAAUAUGCUUGUAAAUGCCUCAAUGUACGGAUGCGCGCACAACCCGCGCAAGGUAGCCCCCCUGAAGUCGACGUGAACGAGUUUCAGCCAAUAUAUGCUGGCGACUCUGGAGUCAAUAUUGUUCAUAACCAACUGGCUUUGAGAAGUCGAACCCACGCGAAGCCGGAGCCACAGUCUAAAGAGCCCAUGCUUCGUCGAUAUAUGUCUCUGACGUGCUUAAUCUGUGAUAUGCUCGUCUAUCGUGUUGUCCAACUAUUUCCGCCAGACGUGGAAAGCACGGAUGGUCCUGUUCUCCCAACAGAAGACUGGGUAGAGCAAGAAACGCUGAAGAGUUCAACGGGUUGGUUCGAAAUUUCCAAAGCGUGCCUUGUAUCCUCCGUCACAUCUCCCUCUCUUCCUACAGCCCGUACAUCGUUACCACCGCUACCUCCACUCCUCUCUCCUGCGCCGUUCACGCCGUCCCAUGUUGUCUUUAGACACCUCGCAUCGUUAGCUUCGGAGAGGUCAAACCAGAUUCGGCAGUCAGCCGAAGAGCAUCUAACCUCGGUGAUUAACGCGAAGGUAAUAGAGAUCGAGGCAGAAGAGGGCAUGCUUCGGAGCCAGGUGCAGGCGCUUUGGGUCCGCUUUAGAAGCAAAGUUUCUCAGUUGGAAGAAGAGAGAAAAGAAAAAUUUAGGCUUCGAUCUACGCAGACCAACAACGCUAGCUGGUCGCGUGGGAGUGCAACAUCGGACUCGACUCAGGCCACACCCAUUUCCGUUCAAGAUUUCGUGGUAUCUGGACCGCCACUUAGAGCCCUAUCCUCCUCAUCUGGCGGUCGUGCACCAUCGGCUCUCUCGGCAUCUUUGGCUGGUUUUUCAUUUCAUCACCCCAGAGCGGAACAGAGUGACGGUAGCUCAUCUCUGUCGUCAUCAUCAUCGAGGACUUUGGCUGAACGCUCCCUUCGUCGAGUCCCAUCACCUUCACGAAGCCCAAGGCUUAUGCAGAGCCGUCGAAGCAACAGCCUAGAUCAUAAUGGCGGGGAAAGUCGUAGCUAUGGGCCCUUCAGGCGUAAUUUAAAUGAAGACAAGGACAUUGCCACGAGCUUCAAAUACGUCACAGAUAUAGAAAGCGAGAUGGCACGAGUUGUCGCAACUCGCCACGAACGAAAUGGGAUGGCGUCGGGCCCAACCCCUCCGGAAAAGGCCCCACCAUCGCAUGUUGAUCAACACCGCCCGAUCGCUUCACAGACGGUACUGAGUCCGAAAGCUGAGAAUACCACGGACGCCGCCCAAGGGUCGAGCAAAUCCAGGGGCAAGCGAAAAGUAACGUUCGACAUCAAACCCGAUGUUCCCAACAUUGAGGAUGCAAGGCGACACACACCUAGACGAAGCAUCAGUGGUUCAGGGCUCCCACAGUCUCUCUCUCUCCUCCGACCGUCCUCAUUGCCUCCGCCGUCAAAUCUUCGCGCAUUGCCACAGCCUGGUGCACCGGCGUCACCGAAUCGCGGUUCCCCAGAACCCCAUUCGGCUUUUACAUCUAGUGGACUGCCAUCCAUUGAGCAGCCACUCAGUCCUCGUGAAGCAGAACUUUCACGCUUAGUGGCUGCUGGGACCCCAAGCCACAGAAGUGCUUGGAAACGAGACAGCAAGGCUUGGCAGCUGUUCGUCAAUAAAGUCACACCCAAUGCCGACGACGAUGAUGACAAUCGAUCUCUCAACGGAGUGCCUGCAUCUCAAUCAAAUGGUGUGCUAUACGAUCAAGAAGAUGAAGACUGGAGCCAAUCUAUCGCUAAAUCGUUGCCUGUCUUUAUUGGCCUCAACGGUCGUGUCAAUGGAACGUCAUCGCGCACGGUGGAAGCCAGCAAUGGCUCGUCUGCCGCAAUACGGAGAGCAUCAUAUGCGGAGCGCGAUCGUGGCCGCUCCAUGGAUCCUGGUGCUCUUGAUUUUGAAGCAGCGGAUGACGAUGACGAAUCUGACGCAGAUAAUAUGGAUAAUAUGACUCAAGUUGGGAACAGAGGACGGAGACAAGCACUGAAAAUUUUACAAGCACGCAGCGAGUUGCCCGCGGAGGGCAUGUGGAGAAGUUUAGCGACGUGA